GCAGAGAGUGGACCUUCCAUCUCUCUCUCUCUCUCUCUCUCUCUCUCUCUCUGCCGAUACAAGCGUUAGGGAACCCUAAUAAUCCGUUCUUUCGGAGCUCAGAAAGACAAGCUUCCAUUUAACAACUCUCACCAUUUCUGGGGUUUCAAAGGCUGCAAAUGGGAGAGAGAAAGCGACAGAGGGAUGAUAGCGUUCAUCCACAUUCUUCCAAAAACGUAGAGCUUUCAGAACAACAAAAUGUCGGCAAGGGCAAUGAUAUAAUUAGCAGCUUGCCUGAAAAUGUUCUCCAUCACAUCCUCUCGUUCCUCUCUACCAAAGAUGCCAUACGAAGUUCCGUAUUAUCAACUAAAUGGAAAUAUUUGUGGACCUCUAUUGCCAACAUUGAUUUGAAGGAAACGUACCAUCUCGCAGGCGAAAAGGAAGAUGGAAGUUUCUUGGAUUUUGUGGAAAGAGUUCUUCUCCUUCACGAUGCUUCAGAUAUUAAAAGUCUUACUCUGAGUACGUACCAGCUUGUGGAUUCUUCUCGCAUUAAUUCAUGGAUCUCUGCUUCGAUAAGGCAUAACAUUGAAGAGCUUGAUCUUUCUUUACUUUGGAAAACGCAGCCUGUAUUGCCUUGCUGCCUUUUUACUUGUCAAUCCCUAGUGGCAUUGAAAUAUCUAUGUUCUGGGUUUUGGAAGUUCCACGUUCGACUCAAUUCUCGAACCUUAAGACCUUGAAACUUUCAAAUGUUACAUUUUCAGAUGAUAACUCCACGCAACAUCUUUUCUCUAGUUGCCCAGUGCUUCAGGAGUUGGCCUUGCUGAACUGUGGAUGGGAGAAUCUAAAGACUAUAACGAUUUGCAUUCCCUCACUGAAGAGCUUGACUAUUGACAAUAACUACGAGUUUUUAUGGCCUGAGGAUGUCCUCAGUUGUGUGACCAAAAUUUAUGCUGCAAAUCUUAUCCAUCUUGAUUGCUUUUGUUGCCUAAUAGUUGACUUUCGUCUAUACGACCUAUCGUUAUUAGUUGAGGCAUCUAUUUGUUUAUAUGAAGAUCUGCCGGAGCAAGACGUUACCCCUCGAGUGCUCGGGUUACUUACUGGGAUUUCCAAUAUUAAGAAACUUACGGUUACAAGUCAAACGCUGGAGUACCUCACGCCCGUUGCAAAUCUCUUGGACCGUCUUCUUGUAUUUUACAAUAUGACCCACUUGGUGCUGCAUUCAGAACUUUUUGGUGAUUCCUUUAGAGUUAUGAUCGACCUUCUAGAAAAUUCGCCUAAGCUAGAGUCUCUUAAUUUUGAGGAGGGCUUUAACCCUUUCGUCGAGGAUGAUUGGAUGUUGGGAAGAGUGCCUUCUUGUUUUGCACCUUCCCUCAAAACUGUUCGCAUUGCUGAUUUCGAUAAGAAGCCGGUAGAGAUGCAUUUUAUAAGGUUUUUGCUAAAAAAUGCGACAGUGUUGGAAAGGCUAACUUUGCAUAGCUACUCACAAGAUUUGAUUCAGCAGCAACAAAAGGUCAGCAGUCAAUUGAACAAGCUUCCCAGAGGCUCAAAAAGUUGUGUUAUUGAGUUUACUACAACCUGAACUUGUAUCCUUUUAUAUAAUACUAGUGAAUUGGCACGUGCGUUGCACGUGGUAUAUGUGGGUAGUAUAUCAUUAGUAGAUGAUGAAAUCAAAAUACAUGAUUGUCGAAGUAUAAACAAAUGUGCAAUUGUCGUUUGAGGAAAGGGAAAGAAAAAGGAAGAUGUUGGAUAAAUAAAUAAAAAAGCAUAUGAAAUGAAAAUACAUGGUUUGAUG